AUGGACGUGGACGUGGACGUGGACGUGGACGUGGACGUGGACGUGGACGUGGACGUGGACGUGGACAUGGACGUGGACGUGGACGUGGACGUGGACAUGGACGUGGACAUGGACGUGGACGUGGACGUGGACAUGGACGUGGACUUGGACCUGGACAUGGACAUGGACGUGGACAUGGACGUGGACAUGGACGUGGACUUGGACCUGGACGUGGACAUGGACGUGGACAUGGACGUCGACGUGGACGUGGACGUGGACGUGGACGUGGACGUGGACGUGGACGUGGACGUGGACGUGGACGUGGACGUGGACGUGGACGUGGACGUGGACGUGGACGUGGACGUGGACGUGGACAUGGACAUGGACGUGGACGUGGACGUGGACGUGGACGUGGACAUGGACAUGGACGUGGACGUGGACGUGGACAUGGACGUGGACGUGGACAUGGACGUGGACGUGGACGUGGACGUGGACAUGGACGUGGACGUGGACGUGGACGUGGACGUAGACGUGGACGUGGACAUGGACGUGGACUUGGACGUGGACGUGGACAUGGACGUGGACAUGGACGUGGACGUGGACGUGGACGUGGACGUGGACGUGGACGUGGACGUGGACAUGGACGUGGACGUGGACGUGGACGUGGACAUGGACGUGGACGUGGACGUGGACAUGGACGUGGACGUGGACGUGGACAUGGACGUGGACGUGGACAUGGACGUGGACGUGGACGUGGACGUGGACGUGGACGUGGACGUGGACAUGGACGUGGACUUGGACGUGGACGUGGACGUGGACGUGGACGUGGACAUGGACGUGGACGUGGACAUGGACGUGGACGUGGACAUGGACGUGGACGUGGACAUGGACGUGGACGUGGACGUGGACGUGGACGUGGACGUGGACGUGGACGUGGACGUGGACGUGGACGUGGACGUGGACGUGGACGUGGACGUGGACGUGGACGUGGACGUGGACAUGGACGUGGAGAUGGACGUGGACGUGGACGUGGACAUGGACGUGGACGUGGACGUGGACGUGGACGUGGACGUGGACGUGGACGUGGACGUGGACGUGGACAUGGACGUGGACGUGGACGUGGACGUGGACGUGGACGUGGACGUGGACGUGGACGUGGACAUGGACGUGGACGUGGACGUGGACGUGGACGUGGACGUGGACGUGGACGUGGACGUGGACGUGGACGUGGACGUGGACGUGGACGUGGACGUGGACGUGGACGUGGACGUGGACGUGGACGUGGACGUGGACAUGGACAUGGACGUGGACGUGGACAUGGACGUGGACGUGGACGUGGACGUGGACGUGGACGUGGACAUGGACGUGGACGUGGACAUGGACGUGGACGUGGACGUGGACGUGGACGUGGACGUGGAAAUGGACGUGGACGUGGACAUGGACGUGGACGUGGACGUGGACGUGGACAUGGACGUGGACGUGGACGUGGACGUGGACAUGGACGUGGACAUGGACGUGGACGUGGACGUGGACAUGGACGUGGACGUGGACGUGGACGUGGACGUGGACGUGGACAUGGACGUGGACGUGGACGUGGACAUGGACGUGGACAUGGACGUGGACAUGGACGUGGACAUGGACGUGGACGUGGACAUGGACGUGGACGUGGACGUGGACGUGGACGUGGACAUGGACGUGGACAUGGACGUGGACUUGGACGUGGACGUGGACUUGGACGUGGACGUGGACAUGGACAAGGACGUAGAAAUGGACGUGGACGUGGACGUGCACAUGGACGUGGACGUGGACGUGGACAUGGACGUGGACGUGGACAUGGACGUGGACGUACAAAUGGACAUGGACGUGGACGUGGACAUGGACGUGGACGUAGACGUGGACGUGGACGUGGACGUAGACGUGGACGUGGACAUGGACGUGGACUUGGACGUGGACGUGGACAUGGACGUGGACAUGGACGUGGACGUGGACAUGGACGUGGACAUGGACGUGGACAUGGACGUGGACGUGGACGUGGACAUGGACAUGGACGUGAACAUGGACGUGGACGUGGACGUGGACGUGGACGUGGACAUGGACAUGGACAUGGACGUGGACGUGGACGUGGACGUGGACGUGGACAUGGACGUGGACGUGGACAUGGACGUGGACAUGGACGUGGACGUGGACAUGGACGUGGACGUGGACAUGGACGUGGACGUGGACAUGGACGUGGACAUGGACGUGGACUUGGACGUGGACGUGGACUGGACAAAUGGACGUGGACGUGGACGUGGACAUGGACGUGGACGUGACGUGGACGUGGACAUGGACGUGGACUUGGACGUGGACGUGGACAUGGACGUGGACAUGGACGUGGACGUGGACGUGGACGUGGACAUGGACGUGGACGUAGACGUGGACGUGGACAUGGACGUGGACGUGGACAUGGACGUGGACGUGGACGUGGACAUGGACGUGGACAUGGACGUGGACAUGGACGUGGACGUGGACAUUGACGUGGACGUGGACAUGGACGUGGACGUGGACGUGGACGUGGACGUGGACAUGGACGUGGACAUGGACGUGGACGUGGACGUGGACGUGGACUUGGACGUGGACGAGCAUGGACGUGGACGUGGACGUGGACAUGGACGUGGACGUGGACGUGGACAUGGACGUGGACAUCACGUGGACGUGGACGUGGACGUGGACGUGGACGUGGACGUGGACCUGGACAUGGACGUGGACGUGGACGUGGAUGUGGAUGUGGACGUGGACGUGGACGUGGACAUGGACGUGGACAUGGACGUGGACGUGGACGUGGACGUGGACGUGGACGUGGACAUGGACGUGGACGUGGACGUGGACGUGGACGUAGAAAUGGACGUGGACGUGGACGUGGACAUGGACGUGGACGUGGACGUGGAAAUGGACGUGGACGUGGACGUGGACGUGGACGUGGACGUGGACAUGGACGUGGACGUGGACGUGGACGUGGACGUGGACAUGGACGUGGACGUGGACGUGGACGUGGUUAUGGACGUGGACGUGGACGUGGACAUGGACGUGGACGUGGACGUGGACGUGGACGUGGACGUGGACAUGGACGUGGACGUGGACAUGGACGUGGACGUGGACGUGGACGUGGACGUGGACGUGGAAUGGACUGGACGUGGACGUGGACAUGGACGUGGACGUGGACGUGACGUGGACGUGGACGUGGACGUGGACGUGGACGUGGACGUGGACAUGGACGUGGACGUGGACGUGGACGUGGACGUGGACGUGGACGUGGACGUGGACGUGGACAUGGACGUGGACGUGGACGUGGACGUGGACGUGGACGUGGACGUGGACGUGGACGUGGACGUGGACGUGGACGUGGACGUGGACGUGGACGUGGACGUGGACGUGGACGUGGACGUGGACGUGGACGUGGACGUGGACAUGGACGUGGACGUGGACAUGGACGUGGACGUGGACGUGGACGUGGACGUGGACGUGGACGUGGACGUGGACGUGGACAUGGACGUGGACGUGGACGUGGACGUGGACGUGGACGUGGAAAUGGACGUGGACGUGGACAUGGACGUGGACGUGGACGUGGACGUGGACGUGGACGUGGACGUGGACGUGGACGUGGACAUGGACGUGGACAUGGACGUGGACGUGGACGUGGAUGGACGUGGACGUGGACGUGGACGUGGACGUGGACGUGGACAUGGACGUGGACGUGGACGUGGACAUGGACGUGACGUGGACGUGGACAUGGACGUGGACAUGGACGUGGACGUGGACAUGGACGUGGACGUGGACGUGGACGUGGACAUGGACGUGGACAUGGACGUGGACGUGGACGUGGACGUGGACGUGGACGUGGGGGACGUGGACGUGGACGUGGACAUGGACGUGGACGUGGACGUGGACGUGGACGUGGACAUGGACGUGGACGUGGACGUGGACAUGGACGUGGACGUGGACAUGGACGUGGACGUACAAAUGGACAUGGACGUGGACGUGGACAUGGACGUGGACGUGGACGUGGACGUGGACGUGGACUUGGACGUGGACGUGGACAUGGACGUGGACGUGGACGUGGACGUGGACAUGGACGUGGACAUGGACGUGGACGUGGACAUGGACGUGGACAUGGACGUGGACAUGGACGUGGACGUGGACGUGGACAUGGACAUGGACGUGGACAUGGACGUGGACGUGGACGUGGACGUGGACGUGGACGUGGACGUGGACAUGGACGUGGACGUGGACGUGGACGUGGACAUGGACGUGGACGUGGACGUGGACGUGGACAUGGACGUGGACGUGGACGUGGACGUGGACGUGGACAUGGACGUGGACGUGGACAUGGACGUGGACAUGGACGUGGACUUGGACGUGGACGUGGACGUGGACGUGGACGACGUGGACGUGGACAUGGACGUGGACAUGGACGUGGACGUGGACGUGGACGUGGACGUGGACGUGGACGUGGACGUGGACGUGGACGUGGACGUGGACGUGGACGUGGACGUGGACGUGGACGUGGACGUGGACAUGGACGUGGACGUGGACGUGGACAUGGACGUGGAGUGUGACGUGGACGUGGACGUGGACGUGGACAUGGACGUGGACGUGGACAUGGACGUGGAC